UGUAAAGAAAAAGUUAAAUUAUUAACAGUAUAAAAAUAUAUAAUAAAAUAUCAUAAAAAUGGGAUUACCCGCGCUGUGGCGAGUUACCAGUUUGACAAUUUUGGUCUUCGUGCUGAGUUACGCAUAUGCACAAGAUUUUUAUUCAUCAAAUUCACAAAACCGAUUUGUGCCAUCUACCUUUCCUGGUGCACGUACAUAUUUGUCAGGUGCUCGUAGUCCUGUGAGCAGCAGUGGUAAUGGCAUAUAUCAACAACCUGGUUCUUAUCAGGAGCAAGUUCUCUUUCUGACUGAUGAUGACAAACAACAAGUUCCACAACAACCGAUUUCACAAUCUUUGACUUCAGCUGCAUACUCACCAUUUGGAUCACAAUUUUCGUCAAAUCGAAAUUCUGAUUAUUAUGACAUAUCACCACGUCCCUUUGGUGCGGUUGCAGGCCCCAAUGCGGCAGUGGGCCCAUCACCGAACAGCUUCAGUACACGUACGAAAUCGAUACGACCCAGCGGCGGUUUUGUGCCGCAAUCGCAGCAACAAAUUCGCACCAAUGUUCCACAUGGCCAAUCACAGUUUCUAGCGCAAUUCAAUGAGCCAGGGGCAGCGACCUCUGGCAACGAGAAAUUGGCAACAUCCAAUCGUUUAAAUGGUUUUUCAGCAUCGAGACCAUUUGGCAGUGGUAGUUUUACGCCUAGCAAUAGUCGUGUACGACCUGCAGCAUCUGCUUACAAUGCUGAUUCCUCUCCAGCAGCUCAAUCGCAAGUGCCUUUCCGCAAUACGCGUACGCGUUUUCAGCCAAGCAGUGCCACAGCUACCACAAGCACUACAACAUCUACUGAAGCUACAUCACCUACGAGCAAUAAACGUUUCAACAGAUUUGGCGCUUCUCGAACAGGUGGCUUCAGACCCUCUGGAUAUAAUAAAAACGCUCAAGCUAAUAAUGAUACAGAACAACCGACAGUUGUUGAGCAAAAACCAAAUUUCAGCAGGGCAGCAAAUAAGUCCAAUGGUUUUUCACCAAGACGUCCAGUAUUCAUAAGCCGUGAAAUUAAUGAACCCGUACAUUUGUCAAAGUUACAGCGUCCAUUUGCUUUAAACAGUGGUCGCGUUAAAAUACCCACUAAAGAAAGAUUGUUUAAACAACCCGUAAUUGCUACAACAGCAGCUGUUAAGACCAGCUCAGUGUCGGAUAGUGGAAGUGAUGAAUAUGACGAAGAAUUGCAAAAUGAAAACCAAGUCGGUAGUGAGCAAGUUAAAGAUAUUAGCAAAGAAAAAUUGCAAUUGCGUGAAGCUGAGGAAGAAGCAACGAAUACAGUUGCCGAUAGCACAAAAUCGCCCGCAACGGAAGAGGAAACUAAUACCAUGAUUAUAACUUCCAAUUUCUUUUUACCUGGUCCCACCAAAUCGAAUGAAGAUAACAGUCAAAAUGCGGAAUAUAUUGAAAAUUAUUCCGAAGAAGAUGGUAAGGAACAUAAAGAUGAGACUACAAGUAGUGAAGAAGCAGAUAAAGAUAUUGAUGCUACCACGGAACAUAGUGCUGAAUAUGAGUACGAAUAUGUUGAAGAUGAAGAAACCACUGAAGAGUCGGUCACGAAACAUACAACAACAACAACUACCACUGAGUCCAGCCUCAAUAUUGACAAUGCAACUAUAAGUACUCCAAGUUUAGAUACACAAACAGUGACCACGGAAUUAACAUUGACAAGUAUAACCGCAGAGCAGGAUAUAACAACUGAAUUACCCAUUACCACGGUUUCGCCGCUUACAACUAAACAUACUGAUACCAGCAUACCGAGUGAUACCAAAGAAGAAACAACACAUGAAAACGUGGAAGAACCACAUGAUGAAGAAUAUGAAGAAGAAGAAGAAUAUGAGGAAGAAGGAGAUGGAAAUGGAGAUGAAGAAGAAGAAAAAAAUGAACAUGAAAAAGAGAUUGAUAACAAACAUGAGACUAAAGUUAAUGAUACAAAUGCUUUGAACGGAACUUCGGUUCUGACUGCGACUGUACAAAGUAAGCCUGAUAACGAAAUUCUAGAUCAAAUUAUAUCUGUGGUAACAACAAAAAGCAUUGUUAAUGGUUCAACCUCAUUUCCCUCGCCAGUUACACCCAGCUCAACCACAUUAUCAAUGGAAGAAGAAGCUAUUUUCACAGAAAAUAAAGUACAACCGGCUGCAGAGGACUCAACUGAAGUUGAAGACAAUGAUCCAAGUAGCGAUCAACACACCGAAAUGCCUGAAACUGUUAAUAAUGCUACGGAAGGUUAUGUUGUGAUUGCAUCUAUACAAACCAGUCGUAGCAUAAAUGGUGCACGUUUUCUACCAUUCCCAGCUAUAGAGCAAGAAGAAACUAAACAAACUUUGUCCGAAUUAGAACGUAAAAUUCAUGGCCAAAAAUCGAAACCCUCAACAAAAAAUAAAAAGGAUUUCAAUUCUGAACAAGCCGGCGAUAGUAAUGAAGUAGUACAAACUACUCUAUUGCCAGAACAAACAUCUGAAAAAUCUACUACAAGCGCUUCAUCCACAGAAAGUAUAAUAGACAAAUUAGAUAGAGUGCAAUCUGAGUUAUCCAGUGGUUUGCUUUCUGGAAAAUAUCCAAUUAUAAGUGGCAUGGAAGUUUCUACGCAAGCGACAAGUACAACAUCUGGAAAUAAAUUUGUGCCUCAUAUACGCAAAUUUCAACCAAAGACUACUGCUACACCCAAAGUUAAGAUACACCACUUCGAUGAGACAGAAAUGGAUGAAUUGGCUGGUUUAUUACCAAAUGGUUUUAAACCUAGAAACUCAUAUAAAAAUAGAAAGAUCACCACUACAACUACCACUACAACAUCAACUCCUGAAGUAGAUUUUAAAAAGCCCGCACGUAAUUCCACUAUUAGUCGAUCAUUCAAGAAUGGUGCUGUGGCUGUACAAGAUGUUGCUUUGGCGGGAUUGUUACCUAAAGGUUAUAAACCUUUAAAUACAACGACUACUCCUACGGCAAAUGCAGAUGUAAGUGAUAUAUUCAGUAAAAUCAAGUUUGAUGACAACUUGGAACAAUUGUUACCAAAGGAUUACAAAACAGAAACGACUGCAAAACCUGCUGUUACGGUAGUUGAUGACAUAUCCAAAUUUUUACCUAAAGGUUAUAAGCUACGCACAACUUCUACCACACCAAGCACAAAAAUCAAGAAGCCAGUUGAGGUUAUAAAUGAUGACAUAAGUAAAUUCCUUCCACCGGGCUAUAAGCCACCUGCAGAAGAUAAUGAGAAUCAAAAAGAUAAAUCCAACAGUGGCAUUAUAGCAUUAAAAGGCGACGAUAUUAGCAAAUUCUUGCCAAAAGACUAUAAACCAAGUGGAGAAACAAGCAAAUCUAGCUUAGCGCCCGAAGCUAUCGACAUUUCACAGUUAUUGCCCAAGGACUAUAAACCAACUAAUGCACAAGAUAAAGAGACAAUUGACGUGUUGAAAAAAGUUGAGUUCAAAGAAGUCGAUUCAUUACUACCACCCGGUUUUAAACCUAUUUCUAACACUACUAGUAAAACAAAUGCAGCCCAUCCAGCUUCGACAAGUACCACAACUACCGAAAAGUCGGUGGCAGAUGAUACAAGUAAUACCAAUUCUUCAGGUAGUGGUUAUAAAGUCGUUUUUCCAAAGGGCAUUCAUAAGAGAAAGGGAGCACAACGUUUGACUACACCACCUACACAAGAUAGCAAUGAAGCUACCUCACCUGCUGUUGUUAUUAAGAAGGGUCCACCAACGCGUGCAACCACAGAGUUUACUGGUUGGCCAACACCAUCUACGACACCAAUUUCAAUUGAAAAAUUGCUUGAACAGGCGAAGACCGCUAGCAUAAAUUUCGAGGAUCUGCUAUCAUCAAGUACAACAACAACCACUACAACGACUACAACUACAACAACAACUACCACACCAAGACCAACGAAACCAGGACACUGCACAAACGAUUGUGAUCUGGCGGCUACUAUAAAAAUAGUAGAUGGUGUAGCAUGGAAACCAGAAUUAUUAGAUCAUAAUACUGUAGAAUGGAAAACUCUAGCCAGAGAAGUUGAAGCACAGUUAAAUGAAGUUUAUGUGAGUGCACCUCAAUUGAACAAUUGGUAUAAGAAAGUACGCAUCGAUAGUUUUAGUAAGGGAAGCGUACUAGUGGACUACUAUGUUGAACUGGCCAAUAUUACCAAUGAUGUAAAUACAUUGGAAAUUAAGAAACUAUUCCAUGAUGCUUUGCAACAUCCCACACAAGAAACAAUACCACAAAAACCCUCAACUGAAAAUGAAACAGAUGAAAGCGCGGAAGAGAAAGAAAUCAAGGAAGAAAAAUUGAUUAAAGAAACUUAUCAAAUGGGUAAAUAUGCUAUCGAUCCUAUGGCUACAGUUUUUAUUGUUAUACCUAAAGCACUUUCGCCUACUGUUGAAUAUGCUGAGGAAGAUCUGUUAAUCCCACAAUGGGCAAUAGUAGUGAUUGUAAUUGGCGUAGGCUCACUAGUAUUUGUUGUUAUCUUUGGUGUGACUGUGUUGUUGAAUCGACAAAAACGAGCUAAGAAAACACCAAUACCUUUAACGAACGAUAUGCUCAAUGAAUUAAAAAUCAAUCAUAUGGGUGGUGCUGACAAUUAUGGAGUUGAUGACUUUUACAAUAUCGAUGAUGCUUGGAAUGACACUAAGCAACCAAUAAAACCAAAGCGCUUUACGAAUUCGAUGCACGAUAGUAGUGGUUCGAAUAUUUAUGAUAGUUGGCGUUCAACACGUCAUGGAGAUUAUUACUAUGAUAGUCAAACAAACUAUUCACAAAAAGGUGAUUCACUGCAACGUUCACUGCACCACCAGAGUCAUCAUCAACCCAAACAAUCCCAACAAACUGCACACCACCACCAGUCAUACCCACACCAGCAAUCAUACGCUCAUCAAUAUCCUGAUGCAUUUGCGGAUGCCCAUCAAAUGUAUACCUAUAAUAAUCACUCGAGUAGAGGGCGCUAUCCCAGAGAUUAUGAUCCAGACUUUUAGAUUCUAGUAAACUAGUAGUGCUCUCUGGUAUAACUCCUUACACUUUUAUAACUACUCUUUUAUUUAUGUAUUGUAAUUAAAACAAAAUAGCAA